AUGUGUGGGGGUACACCAAAAGCUACAAAUGGCACAGGGGGACAAAUUGAAAGAGCAAGAAACAGCAACGAUGUGCCACUUGGAAAUAAUCUCUCUUGUACCAAAUUGGAUGAAAGGAUUAGAAAACCUUUGAGAGACCAAAGUGUCAGCUGUGUGAGCAAAGUGACUAGACUGCUGCAAAACAGCUGGUCCUCUUCAGAGUUUGACUUGAACGAAAUCCGCCUGAUAGUUUACCAAGACUGUGAGAGGAGAGGCAGACAGGUCUUAUUUGAUUCCAAAGCAGUCCGCAAAAUUGAUGAAGCUGUGGUUCAGAAAAUGGCAGAGGAUGCUUCUAUAAAGACUUCUGCCAAGAACUGCCAAGCAAGCAAUGGGAACAACAAUAUUUCUUCCCAUAGCCCCUCGAUAAGCUGUAUGCAAAAUAUCAAAGAACAGAUACCGAAGUAUCAGUACACCAGACCAGCCUCUGAUGUCAACAUGCUUGGGGAAAUGAUGUUUGGCUCAGUGGCAAUGAGUUACAAAGGCUCCACCUUGAAAAUUCACUAUAUACGCUCUCCCCCACAGCUGAUGAUAAGUAAAGUCUUCUCAGCCAGGGUAGGAAGCUUCAGUGGAAGCAACAAUAACUUACAAGAUAGCUUUGAAUACAUCAACCAAGAUCCUGGUCUGGGAAAGCUGAGCUCGAAUCAGAAUGGUUUGGGAACCUGUCGCAGUGGAAGUAAUUUAGGUGUGUUACAGCUGUGUAGCAGCAAACUGCUGCAGGGUGUGUCUGAAGGAGGUCCCCUCCGGCUCAUCCGCAGUGCUUCUUUCUUUGCAGCACACAGCACGCCUGUUGAUAUGCCUAGCAGAGGACAAAAUGAGGACAGAGACAGCGGCAUUGCUCGGUCAGCGUCUCUGAGCAGUCUUCUGGUCACGCCUUUUCCAUCUCCAAGCUCUUCAUCCUCAUCUUCUAGCAGCUACCAACGGCGCUGGCUCCGAAGUCAGACAACCAGUUUAGAGAAUGGAAUUAUUCCAAGGUGGUCCACUGAAGAAAUGUUUAGUAUGGCUGAUGAAAGCUGCAGCUCCAAUCCUGCAAUGGUUCGGAGGAAAAAAAUUGCAAUCAGCAUAAUCUUUUCUCUGCCAGAAAAAGAAGAAGCCCAGAGAAACUUCCAGGAUUUCUUUUUCUCUCACUUUCCUCUUUUUGAAUCUCACAUGAACAAGCUGAAAUAUGCAAUAGAAAAGGCCAUGAUCUCAUGUAGAAAAAUAGCAGAAUCCAGCCAAAGAGUGCAGGUUUAUAUCAGCCGUGUCAUGGAUGCCUUGGGAGAAUUCAGAGUUACCAUCUGGAACCUAUAUUCUGUUCCAAGGAUUGCAGAGCCUGUGUGGCUUAAUAUGAUGUCCAGCACCCUGGAAAAGAAUCAGCUAUGCCAGCGUUUUCUUAAAGAAUUUACGUUUCUGAUAGAACAGAUCAACAAAAAUCAGUUCUUUGCUGCUUUGUUAACUGCGGUGCUGACGUAUCAUCUGGCUUGGGUCCCAACAGUAAUGCCGGUUGACCAUCCUCCCAUAAAGGCCUUCUCUGAGAAGCGCACAUCACAGUCUGUGAACAUGCUGGCAAAAUCCCAUCCGUAUAACCCUCUCUGGGCACAGCUUGGUGAUCUCUACGGUGCCAUAGGCUCUCCAGUUAGAUUGACUCGAACUGUUAUUGUUGGAAAACGCAAGGAGUUGGUGCAACGCUUGCUUUAUGUUCUAACUUACUUCAUUCGGUGCUCUGAGCUGCAGGAAAAUCAGCUGACAUGGAGUGAGAAGGCUGGGGAAGGAGAGCAAGUGCUAAAUGGAAGCAAGAUCACAACUGCACUAGAAAAGGGAGAGGUAGAGGAGUCUGAUUAUGUGGUUGUCACUGUUAAAAAUGAACCUGCUCUUGUGCCUCCAAUCCUACCUCCAAAGAAUGAUGGAAGUAAGAACAAUGGUAUUGCAGAAUGUGUACAUGAACCGGAAAGCGCUCAUGCUGUCCCAGCGUCUUCAAAAGAAAAGAGAGAGGCAAUAGGAAAGGCCAGUCAGAACUCCGAAGCAUCUGGUGACUGUCUAACUAGCAGUUUCCGUAAAGGAGCAGCUGAUGGUAGGAAAAGAACUGUCACUGAUACAGGAAUCGUGUCCUACCACUUUGAAGAGCCAUCUAAAUCAGAGGAUUUAAUGGAUAUAAAGAACAAGAACCAGAACGAGAGAAAAGUGGAAAAGCAAUUGUCUAAUAGGUCAUCCGCCUUACCUUGUCCUGAAAGGUCUGGCCACAGGAGUUCACACUUAGAAAAGGUCACCUUUCAUAUUGGGAGUUCUGCGUCACCAGAGUCAGACUUAGAAACUCAUAGAAGAGAAAUGGAAGAAAAUCUGAAGGCAUUCAGAAAAAAUCCAGAGGUGAUACACUGUGCCUCAAGUUCCACAAAUCUGACUGUGGAUGCUUCCCAGAAUCAAAAAGAAAGUUGUGAAGCUGCCUUUGUACCCUUGAGUAAACGUAAUGCUUGUUAUGCACAAAUCCCACCUUGUGAGGGGAAGGAGAGUACACUUAACCAACAUAUGGGAAGUAAAGGAACUGAAAUGAAUUCAGCAAACACAAUAUCUAGUGAACCACUUUUGCCCACAGAUAACAUAGAAACUGAAAAAUUGCCAAGCCUGAAAGAAACUAGAACUUUGUGCUCUGGCAAUCUGGAGAACUAUUCCCCUGGCUGUGUAGAAGUAGGUUCUGCUGUCAAACAGGAUUCCCCUAAAGUAGGUGCUAAAGAUGUCCCCUGUGGGGAUGCUGGAAGGAAAAUCCCCUUCAGAGUUGAAGGGGACAUUCCAAGGAAUGAGAGUUCAGACAGUGCUCUUGGAGCCAGUGAUGAAGAAGGUGAUUGUUGUAUCCCUGACGAAGUCCAUCAUGAUAACGUCAGCAAAAGACUAGAAGAGUUUGCAGAAGUGGAACUUCCUUUACCGAGGUCAAAUACAAUCAGCAGUCAAUGCGUGAAAAAUUUUGGAAGAUCGCUUCUAGGUGGUUACUGUCAUACAUAUAUACCUGAUCUAGUGCUGCAUGGAAUAAAUAAUGAUGAAAAACUCAAGCAGUGUCUAUUAGCAGACCUACUUCAUGCAAUGCAUCAUCCAGUGCUAGAUGAGCCCAUAGCAGAAGCUGUCUGCAUUAUUGCAGACACGGAUAAGUGGAACGUACAAGUAGCUACAAGCCAGAAAAAGAUGAUGGACAAUAUGAAGUUAGGCAAGGAUGUUUUGGUUUCGAGUCAAGUAUCCAGUUUAUUGCAGUCUAUUUUACAGCUUUACAAACUCAACGUCCCAGCUGACUUUUGCAUAAUGCAUCUCGAGGAUAGACUACAGGAGAUGUAUCUCAAAAGCAAAAUGCUUUCAGAAUAUCUGCGAGGACAUACAAGAGUGCAUGUAAAGGAACUAGGAAUUGUGUUGGGGAUUGAAUCCAAUGACUUGCCUUUGUUGGCUGCUAUAGCAAGUACUCAUUCCCCAUAUGUUGCUCAAAUACUCUUAUAA